AUUAGAGAAAAAAAGCGAAAAAUUCGAUAAUGUCUAAAUAUCCGCCUCGAGUCGAUACCAUAAUUGAAAAGACAUACUAAAAUUUAAUCGCAAAUUUAAUCCAUUUUUCUAAAAUCUCUUCUUCGUCAUCUUCCACUGGUUUGGACCUCAGCUUCUAAGCUUUUCCGCUUUACCACCGGAGCCAUGUCGAUUGAUACCGUGCCGCCGCUCAUCUCCGCCCAAAUCAAUUACCUCCUCAGUCACUGCCCUUUCUCCGUCAAGGUUGAGCAAAUGUGGUCGGGAUGCAAAAACCCUAACUUCCUUGAUCGAUUCACUCUAGCUAUCCCCUACUGCCUUGACCACAUAAAAUGGGAUGUUACAUUCAAUGCUAUGUAUCCGUUGGCCGCACCUGAUGUGAUAUUUGGUCCUGAAGAUGAAGGUUUCCAGCCGUAUGCCGGUGGCACUGGAAAAUCUAGUAAAAAUAGUUUGGCCAAUUGGAACAGAGAUCCAUCUCAGCUGCAUUCUCUUAUUGUUGAGCUAAGGGAUGCAUAUAUGGAAUACCAAAGGAGACGGAUUGGUGAGGUUGAUGAUGAGAGAGUGAAAUUCGAAAUCAGUACGAUGCUUUCGAGAGAGGGAAUUGAGAUGUUUAUGAGUUUAGGAACCGACAAGCCAGAGGAGGUUAAGUUUGCAGUGCCUUUACUAGAUAUGGAUUUAAAUAGAUUGGUUGCAGGAUCCACCUGGAGACAUCCACAGAAAGUAUACUUACAGGUUAUAUUUCCUGUUGGUAAAAAGUAUUCUUCUGUACCACCACCUCCACGUCUAAAGUUGAUUUCUUCUCCGGAAUUGAAAGCCUUGUUUUCUACUGAAGAUUUGAAACUUCCUACUUGGAUGGACGGGAUGUGCACAGCUGAAUAUCUUCCAAAUUUGGAACAAAUGCUGAACUCACAGAUUAAAGAUGCAGUCUCAUCCAUUGAAAUAAGAAGGAAGUUUAUCCAGUCAUUGGCACCUCAUCUUGGAAGGCCAAUAGAAGCUGAUCCGGUCUUUUGCAGGAAAGCAGCGUUCUUAUGUUCUUCUGGAGUGUUCACAUUUCAGGUUCAUUUCACUCUCUCUCUUCAAUUCCCGAAGCAGCAGCCAGCUUUAGUACUUCAGAGUUCCCAGCAUUUCAAUUCACACGGGGCACCUGUCAAGUCGCCUACUCUAUCAGAAUAUCCAUGGAGUCCUAGAUGGAAUCCAUCAGAAAAGGCUGAUCGGAUCUUUGACUUUUUGGCGGAUGAGGCCUUGAAUUUCAAGAAGUAUAGCAAUCAGGUGAAUCAACAAUGAGGGGUGAUACUCCCCCUUCGCCUCAGGUUUUGAGCUCGCCUACCCUUUGAGGGCCCUUGUACCAGACACGCUCUUCCCUCGUCUCUGUUGCUUCAACUGGUGAUCCGAUUGUAAUAUUCGUAAUUAUGUAUCCUUGCUAUAAGUAUGCUUCCUAUGUGCUUCUUGAAGCUUUUUGCGUUUUGAGAAAUUGACUAAGCCAUAUUUGGUUUAAGUAAAUCUAUCAAUAUAUAAAAAGCUAGUUAAGAAAGUAA